AUGGAUUUUGCAGCCGAUCGACAAGCUCGACGACUACAUGAGUUCUUCGAGUCUGAGCUCUACCCAAACAACAAAGUACAUUUGGUUGGCACGUGCAUGGGCGCAACAGUUGCUGGCGUCUAUGCUGCAAUGCACCCAACACGAGUCAAGUCGUUGACUUUGAUGUGCUCAUGGGGCAUUUCAACUCAAUCCAUGGGCGUCACACUCAGCGAUAUUGACAGUCUGAGCAAGUUGAUGCCACAAAGCCCAACAGAGACUUUGACGAGCGAAGUUGUCGACUGGCACGAUCGAGUUACCAACUUGAUGUCUACAUCUCGCGUGUUCCGAGCGCCAAUUGUCUCUAAACGCGAACGAGCACGGGACGUGGUACAAAAAGUGCUUUUGGACAUGCAGGCUCAUCCAACAAUACUAGAAGACGAACUCCACAAGAUCCGGGCAAGAACUAUGGUAAUUUGGGGCGAUCAUGACGAGGUUCUGGAUGUUUCAUGUCUUGAUAUACUUGACGACAAGCUAAAUAAUGUGCGCAAAAACGUGUUAGUGCUCGAGAAAUGUGGACACCUCGUAUUUAACGAAAAGCCUAGUGAAUGUAUUGAUUUGCUGAAUAAGUUUCUAGCUGAUAAGGAAGUCAGAUAUAAGUUUCCUCUUCCCGAACAGGAGACCGAGAUGACAAUUUAG